AUGUGGCGUCUUUUGACGGGGUUUUCGAUUCUUUGCCUCGCCCAGCUUACUUGGAGUGUUAUCGAUCGCCAUCCAGACAACCUUUUCUCGCGUGGAAAUCUCGACUACCGUAACCUGGUGCUUGAUGCAAAUUCCGCCUCGUUGUUUGUUGGCGCACGUGGACGAAUUUUUCGGCUAUGGGCAUACAAUGUAAACGACACGUCGGAAAAUUUGUUCGUUGAUCUCCGUCUCAACACGCCUCCGGCCGAGUUGUCCGAGUGUCGAGCGUUGGGAAACUCGGCCGAGGACUGUCAGCCGUCGACAAGAUUCAUGGCACUACAGGAUAACAAGGAGAGAGUAUACGUAUGCUCCUCCGUAGGAAUGCGUCCUGAGAUCCGAGUUCUCGACGCGGUAACCCUCCGAGAUCGCCAGGAGCCGCGCACCGAAAUCGGAAUCUGCGCACCUGAUCCGGCGGUGAACGCCACGGCGGUCAUAGUAGAAUGGGGUAAUCCAAGUGAGCUGCCGUCCGUGUAUUCCGGAAUUCGAACCGGUAUGGCCGGCGAGAAUCAUUUGAUCUAUCGACCAGCAUUGAUGGAGAAGGGGAAAGAGGUUUAUUCGAGCAUGAGGACAGUCUACACGGAUAAUCGAUGGCUGAACGAGCCUCAAUUUGUUGGUUCUUUUGACGUUGGCGAACAUGUAUACUUCUUUUUCCGUGAAAUCGCAAUAGAAAGUGGCGGAUUGGAACGAAAUGUUUAUAGCAGAGUGGCCAGAGUCUGUAAGAAGGAUGUAGGUGGACGAGUUGUUCUUCGUCAGGUGUGGACGUCGUUCUUGAAAGCACGACUGAACUGCUCCAUUUCGGCACAGUAUCCGUACUAUUUCGAUAGGAUUCAAGCUGUCACCAAAGUCGAAACCUCCGAUGAUACACUUUUUUAUGCGACAAUGAGCACAUCAGAGACAGCUUUCGUGUCGUCAGCAAUCUGUGUUUUCUCCUUCAAGAAUAUCAACCAGCUCUUUCACCACGGUUUCUUCUUGGAUCCAACCAGUCCGGCUUGGCUACCGCUUCCAGCCGACGCUGUGCCGGAGCAUCGUCCUGGAACGUGUGUCUCCAACUCACACACCUUGUCAGACUCUGACCUCCACUUCGCCAAAUCACAUUUGAUGAUGGCCGAGCCAGUGUCUGGCGGCAUGCCUAUUGUACCCGCUCGUGAUGUGAUCUUCACGCAUAUCGCUGUAGAUGUGCGUAGUGAACAGAACGUGAUCUUCGCUUUGGAUGGACGUUCCAACACGCUGUGGAAAGUGUCGCAUUGGCGCGAAGGUAGCGCAUGGAAGUGGGUAGAACUUGAGCGACGAACUAUAGCAGUAGGAGGUCCCGUCAAGGCGAUGGCGAUUCUUCCAGGAGAAUUCCUGUACUUCGCUUCACGCUCGGCCGUCAGUCAGUUCACCUUGGCCGGCUGCGCUCUCUACCCUUCAUGCGCCUUGUGCGCGAUCGAUCCAUACUGUAGUUGGCAUGUCGCCAGAUCGGCCUGCUAUCCACGCGAAAAAGCGCAUGGACAAAGUUUGGGGUGGAUUUCCUCCUGGGCUGGGCGGGGCUCGUCGGAGUGCACAGCGUCGGCGAAACCGCGCACGAGAACUGCGUAUCCGGGGGAUACUGUACACUUCCAUGGGACCUCGGAUGCUGUUUGGAAGCGUGACGGAAAUCUCGUCACCUCAACCAGCCGUGUCCUCUUCACCAACGAUGGCGGUUUAGUUUUAAUGAAUGUGUCCAAGGAGGAUAACGCCGACUACGAAUGCGUUGCGAACGGAAAACAACUGGUCAAAUAUCGAUUAGUUGUAGAUCACGAUGAAUGCACUCAGCCGCGUUCUUUACAAGCUUAUAAGUCUUGCCAACGUGAAUGGUGUAAAAAAGCGGACCAGUACAAGGCAGCUUUAGCGGAUUGGCACGAUGCCAAAAAGCGCAAUGCUCAAUGUCUCGUGAACGACUCCCUAGGCCAUCUUCAUAAUCGCAUCGAGUAA